GUCGUAUCAUCAUUUCUUAUAAGAAUAGAAAUGGCGUUUGCGAGUAUAUCCCGUUACUGUAAAAGGCUAUUAUUUCCAAGUCGUAGUUUUUGUAAUCAUAGAAAUAGUUUUCCUGAAGAAAACCCAAGUUUCCAACAAGAGUGGAACAGGGAAAGAAAAGGUCCCUCCACCUUGGAAACUAACCGUGAUAAGAAUUCUCCGCCUUACAUUCACGAUACCAAGUGGUUUGGUGGAAGUUUGAAUCGAGUUAUUCUUAUAGGAUAUGUGGGUCAGAAUCCUGUAGCAAGGAAUAUUUCUUCUAGUACGGUUGCUUGGAACUUCCCCCUCAGUACUGCAUAUAAGAGAAAAACAGGUGAAGAAGGUGAACAAGUUGUAACGGAUUGGCAUAAUGUAACUGUUUAUGCUUCACCUUCAGCAAAAUUCUUGGAAGUUAUGAUUCAAAAAGGUAAUCAACUUUUCCUUUCAGGUAGUUUACAUACGAAUACUUUUGUCGACCACUCGGGAAUCAAACGUAAAAGAUGUGAAAUAUCGGUUUCUAUGGAAGGAAAGGGUGAAGUAAGACUACUAAGUCGACCCAAGAGAAAUAAUGAAAGUUUCCAGAGGGAAAGAUUAGAAAACCAACAGGAAGAAAGACCUUUACCUGAUUUUCAACCGAUCAAAAGAGAAAAAUAAUUUCAAAAAGUUGCUUAUUCACUUUUGCUUUGAUUUCAUAUUAUAUUCAGUAAGACUUGAGUCAUAAACCCCAAUGAUGUUAUUUAAAUAGUUUCCU